CAGCAGGGUCUUUCCACUGACACUUUGGGAGGGGGGGUUUCCCUAUUUAACCCCUCUCCUCCCAAAACUGUCUUGCUAAAAGGAUCGUGUCUGUAUCGGAGGAAGACUCGGGACGGUGAUCUCGGCCCACUUCGUUAGCCAGCCCGGGGCUAAUGGUAGCUGGCAAUGGUCGUGAUAUAACCUUCACGAGCCUCCAGUUUAUUUUGUUUUCUGCUUUCCUUGUGUAUUUCGUGGCCCUAAAAAUCAUGUUGCAUUUUUUUCUUUCAUUUUUGCAUGGAAAAGAGGGUGUGGCAGUUUAUUAUUAUUAUAAUUAUAAUUAAAUAGUGUAAUCUUCGAUUGUCAGUAUUCCUUCCCUUUCUCUCAAGAUGUGCCUGUCUUGUGUUAUUUCAGAUGUUUUCACCUUUUCUGCCUUGUGACAGGAUCUGCAUCCCAGAAUACUUAUCUUUCUUCUGCUCUUCCAAAAGCUUUGGGACAAGACCCUCCUCCCCUAACUCAUAUAGCUAAGAUCAUAUAUCUACAUUUGAAAUAACUUCUUAUUGUUUUCUUGUACUGUUUCUUUUCCUAGUUCUUUCCCUCCUCAUUUUUAGAUUGUAAGAGCUUUGGGGCAGGGAACUGACCUCAUUCUUUAUGGAUAACCUCAUGGAUUGUUGAUUUUAAAAAAAGACAAAAAGAAUAAAUGGGAAGCAGAACAAAGCGACAGAAGAGACUGUAUCCCUGCAAAGAGAAAGCCAGCAGCAUUAUCUUUGGUGCCCUAAAUCCUUAUUUGCAUUUUUUAAAGAAUAUGCCCAGACUGCCUUGUUACAGAUUUCACUAGCCCCUGCCGAAGUCUGGCCCCAGAGCGCUUUGAGAGAGGCUGCAGCAGAGACCCAGCUGGUCCGUUGGCAGCUCCUUGGGCCACAAAAUGGCUGCACAGCAACACCCAAACAACAUGGCUGCUCUUUCAAAAGAGAUAGAGGACAUGAAAUGUCCCUUGCAGGUCCCAGUGAAAAUGGAAAUUCCCUGCCAAGCAGAUGACAGUGCAAAAGAGGGAGAGGGAAAAGGCCUUGCCACCAUUCCAUCUGAAACCAGUGAAGAUUUCACAAGAGCGGCAUCCAGGGUGAAGCAGGAACUGGCAGAAGAGCCACCGCAAAGUUGGGAAUGUCAGUGGCAAAGAGUGCUAGAGGUGGUGCCUGCUCCCUUCACCACUCCUGUCUGGGACAGCCUGCAGCUGCCUCCUUUGAUUCAAGGGGGCAGCACUGAGGCCUACUUGGCCACUUUUGAGCGUGUGGCAGAUGCUUCCCAAUGGCCACGGGAAGAGUGGGUGACUCGUCUUGUGCCAGUCCUUAGCGGACAAGCUCAGCAGGUCUAUUUCAGCCUGGAUGCAAAAGACAAAGCUGACUAUGGGAAGGUGAAGGUGGCCAUUUUGAGGCUGGAUGACUACCUCGCCAUUGAGGCGCACCGCCAGCGUUUCAGGCAUUUCUGCUACCUGGCUGCCGAUGGGCCUCGGAUGGCAUAUCAGCAACUGCAGGAGCUCUGUCACCGCUGGCUGAAGCCCGAAGGCCAGAGCAAGGAGCAAAUCCUGGAUCUGCUUAUCUUGGAGCAGUUCCUUGUCAUCCUUCCACAGGAAAUGCAGGACUGGAUUAGGGAGCGCAGCCCAGAGACGUGCGAUCGAGCAGUCGCCUUGGCAGAGGAGUAUCUGCAGGAGCAGCAGGAGACGGAGAAGUGGGCCCAACAGGUAACUGUGCCAAUUGAGAUGGUGAUAGUUAAUUCUCCCACUGUAGAUCAGGCCCAGUCAGAAGCAAAACAUCUCCACAAAGAAAACAAACAGGUUGACACUGAAAAUAGUAUUUCUCAAGAAGACAAUUUUGCCAGAAUGGGGGCAAAGGAUAUGCACCAAGGAGAGUUGGAGGCAGAGGAACGAGGAUGGAGGUCUCCAGAAUUUGGAGAGGUCCUUUUCCCAAAAGGCAGCCCCAGAAGAUCUCACGUAAGCAAGUGUGAUUCAGAAAGAUCACAGAAAGGCAGCCUUUCCACAAGGAUGAUGAAGGAUGAAGUGUUUGGGGGAGUCCCGGCUGACCUCGAAAUGAAACGACAUCUGUGUAAGGAGUGUGGGAAAAGGUUUCGGAAAAAGUGGGAUCUCAUCAGGCACGAAAGGAUCCACACGGGUGAGAAACCGUAUCAAUGUCCAGAAUGUGGGAAUAGCUUCAACCGGAACACAACCCUCACAAAACAUCUCCUCAUUCAUUCAGGAGAGAAGCCUCACCAGUGCACGUACUGCGGAAAGAGGUUCACACGCCGUUCACAUGUUGUGAAUCACCAGAGACGCCACUCGUGCCAAGGAAGAUCUUGACAAAAGGAUCUACUGCUUCCAAUUUGUGCAACAGAUUGAGAAGUCCUGUACAACGGGGGAAUAAAGGUAGUUUGGUUUGUGUCCUGCAGGGCUUGGAAUCCAGACCAGGUGUGGGAGUGGUGUGGAAUAAUGUCUAUUUGCUCUUUGUCCACAUCUUGAAUAUGAACAAAAUGUGUCUAAGGACACACACAGCUCUCAGGGGAAUCGAAUCAACUCUGUUGAGAGUGCAAAGGAAAAUCUGUACAUAUUUAUGCCAUUCAGUGAAGAUAGACUUCAUCCAAGUCAAAACUAUUCAUCCACAUUUUAUUUGAUCCAGAAUGGGAGUGAGGAGACUGAGUUCUUGUUUAUUUAUUUCGAAUUUUUGGACCGCUUGCUGGCUAGAAGUGAGUAUUUCCAUCACGUCACUGAUUCAACCCUUAGUAUAGAUGAGUGAAUACUCCUGGGAAAAUAGCUAAUUUUGAUCAGUAUUUUUGUAUCAGCUAAAGCCUUGUGAAAUCAGAAAAAUCCUUUUCCCUGCUUUGCUGUACCGAUGCCCAAAACAAAUGAGGCUCAUUCAGGAAGUAAGAUUUAAAGGCAAAACAUCUUCUAGUAAUGGAGCAGGCUGGCAAAAUGAUACUUGCCAACUAUUUUGGGAGGCAGUCCACAGAUUUAACCCAUGAAGAGAUGGGUUAACUCAGAAUAAAAGAAAUUCCAUGUUUUAAAGCUAGAGGCAAGACUGAUUGAUUGAUCAAGAAGCACUGGCCUGGUAUGCUCUUAAACGCAAAUUUAUAUCCAGAAUGUGUUCCCAUCAUGGAGACUUCAGUCCUUUUGCGCCUCAGACUGCUUAGAUGUAGGUAUACGUUUGGCAGUGCAAUUUGGGGAGGGAAGGCCAGAUAGGAAAACACAAAACAAAGUGGUCUCAUUGUAUGUUGUGCUUGCUGUGAUGGAUUUUUAUAUUGCUCUCUGGUAAGUUCUUAGCGGAAAUCACACUUUUACUGCAAGGUCAGAAAACUGGCCUUCCAGUGGCUGCUGAAGACAGCUCUCAGCCUUCCUCACAACUGGCCAUGCUGGAAUAAUGUAAAGUGAAACUGAUUUGGCUAUUUAACGAUUCAUUUUUUAUUCUGUACAGUAGAAAACCAGUGCAACAUUUGUUUACAUAAUAAGUUGUUUUCCCUUUUUACAAACAGUCUGAAAACUGCUUAAAGACACUUGAUUACAGAAUUCAUAAAUUAAUUUUCACAAAGACAAACAUCUGUUCUAAUAUAUUGUCAAAUCAUUUUGGCUUUUCAGGCUCUUAAAAUCAUAUUCUAAUUAAAAAUCUCCCAAUUUUUUCAGAGGAAAAAAAUUGACUUUUCUCCAAAGCUGGAUCCUUUUUAAAAACAGUACACCACAGAUAAAAUCUGGAAUAACUCCAAAUCUUAUGGUUUGAUCAUGUGGCCAUUAUGCGGGGAAUAUUUAUUUUCUAGGAAUGAUCUUUUAUAUAUUCUUCAGUUUCUAUGGCUGCCUUUUUAGCAUAUAUGAGAUAACUGCUAUCUUUAUGAUACAAAUUUUCAAGUUUAUUUUGUACACUAUCAUAAUCAACAAAGACUCAUGUCAGUUAACUUCAUUAAAAACAUUCUACCUUGAUGGUU